AUGUCAACUUCCAGUGAUCGAUAUCAACAAUCGCCUCAGAUAUAUAGAUUUAAACUAUGCCAAAACCAAGAAGAUUUUGCGCAUAUUUCAAUAUUAAUAUACAAUAUACGAACACUUCAAGAAUUAAAACAACGAAUUAUUGCCGAGUAUGGUUUAACAUCAUCACGUAUACGUUUGCUGAAAUAUUCUGAACCAACUCAGCGGUGGUUGUCUUUACCUGAUAGUGAUCAAAAUCUUGAAAUACGUUAUUUAAAUAUUGCUAAUAAUGAUUAUAUUAGUUACAUAGAGUUGAAAAACAGACAAUAUGCUUAUGUGAACUCUUUAUCGAAUGGUCAUUACUAUCCGCGUGGUACAACAUCAAUUAUUGAACGAAAAGCCCCCGUUACAUCAACACAAACAUUAAAAUUAUUCGAAACGCCUAAUCUAAAUGCUAAGCAUUAUUUUUUAGAUGAUUUACUAUUUCAAACAACAACCAUUAAACUAAUCAAACAAAAGGCUGCUGAACAAAUACAAAUACCUUACAUCAAUCAAAAAACUAAUUUGUUCGUAUAUGAUGAUAAAAAUACUAAAUGGACAAAAUAUGAUCAUAUUCUAGAUGAUUGUACUUUAGAAGAAUUGGAUAUUAAAAAUUGUACAGCCAUCAGUAUCAAAAUAGAUAAAGACAUUGCUGAUGAUGAUGGAGAUAAUGGUGUUACUGCUGCAGAUCGACACAAGAAAGUAAAACGUGAACUAGGUAUAUGUGGUCUAAAAAAUAUGGGUAGUACUUGUUAUAUGAAUAGUGCACUUCAGUGUCUAAAUAGUAUACCACAAUUGAUUAAAUUCUAUGAAACUCUAGAAGAUGACCAUGCUGAUGACCAUCCGGUAAGUGAUGUAUACAGUAAAUUAAUAAAAAGAAUGUGGUCCGAGUCCGAUCAGUCAUCUUGUAUAACACCUCGACAAUUAAAAGCAGUAGUUGAUAAAAUUGCACCUGUAUUUAGUGAUCAUCGACCCAAAGAUUCACAUGAGUUUAUCAAUUUUUUUUUACAUGCAUUACAACAAGAACAACCCGUAUUAAUAAAUAAGUUAUUCUAUGGUCAAAUAUCAUCAACUGUUACUUGUCUCGAUUGUAAAAGUAAAGAAUCAAGACAAGAAUUAAUCAGUUUUCUACCAUUACCAAUUGAAAAUAAAACACAAAUUCAAAUUCAUUAUAUUCAAUAUAAUGGUAAAGAAGAACAAUUGUCUCUAGAAUUGUCUGUAAAAUAUAGAACAACUGUAUUAGAUUUAAUUAAAUGUUUCAUUCAUAAAUAUGUUCCUAAUCUAAACAAAAAUCAAAUAAAACCAGUAAGAUUGAAUGAAGAUCAAAUUAGUAGUGAAUACAAAUUGACUAAUUAUUUAACAACUCUUUAUGAUAAUAGAAUAGCUUUAUUUCAAUUACCAUCAAUAGAUGAAGAAGAAGAACAUAUGCUAUGCUUAUUUGUUAAUUAUUCUACACAAUGCCAGUUUCGUCCUCCUGUAUACCUUAUAAAACCAAAAUAUAAUUGUCGUUCAAGUGAUUUGAGAGAACAAUUAAACUCGAUAAUUCAACAUUUGAAAACAACAAUUAAUGAUGAAAAUAUGAAAUAUGAAGUUUCAUGGACAACUAUUGAUAGACAGAGACAAAAUUUAAACAUAAAUGACAACGAUAAUCAAAUUUUAUCUACCAUCCGUGCAGUAACAAUUAGUUUAAAGCAGUCCUACGUCGAAAUAUAUAAAUCAAAACAAACUAAAGUAGCCACAAUAAUGCAAUCAAAAUAUUUAACGUUAGAAAAGUUAUUAGGAAACUUUUUUCUUGAAGAUAUAUUGGAUGGUAAAUAUUAUUGUUCAGAAUGUCGGCAAAUGACACAGGGUAAGCAAAAAUCGGAUUUAUGUCGACCAUUACCAACAAUAUUCAUUAUACAAUUGAAACGUUUUCCAUAUGAUAAAUAUUCAAAUGAAAAAAUAGAUACAUUUAUUGAAUAUCCAAUUGAAAAUUUAAAUCUUUAUGAUUAUUUAAUAAAAACAGAUGAAAUAGUUAUAAAUGAUGAUGACAGUCAAUCUAGUAGAUAUAAUUUAAUUUCGAUUUCAAAUCAUUAUGGUAAAACCUUAUCAUCUGGUCAUUAUAUAACGUAUGCUAAAAAUUAUCAAACACAACGUUGGUAUUCAUUUAAUGAUGACUAUAGUAGAGAAAUUGCUUCUGAUAAACAAACAUUAAUUACACAAGAUGCAUAUAUAUUAAUUUAUAUGAAACAAAAUGCAGACUAUAAAACGUGA